AUGGCACACCAAAGUGCAGCUUUACUUGUUCUAGCAUUGCUAGUGCUAGGCGAUGUUACCGCCCACUACCGCCGUCAUCAUCACCAUCAUGUUGAUACGGAAGAGGACAAUGGCUUGAAAUAUAGGUAUAAAUUCAACAAUUUUUAGACUAAAAAAAUUAUUUUUUACAAUAUUUAAAAACUUUUAAAAAAUAAAAAAAAAUUUAAAAAAAAUUUUUUUUUAAUUUUUUUUGACAUAUGAUGGAACACUUAAAAAACACGUAUUUUACAAAAAAUUUCAGAAUCCCACUGAAAAAGCAGCAGACUCUCCGUGAAAAGCUGAUUAAAGCCGGCUCUCAUGAUAUGUACAUGAAGCAUCGUUCAGAAGCCAUUCGUAACAAGUUCCUGGAUCUAGAAGACUAUGGAGAUGCUAGCCUAGUCCAAGAUAAGGAAAUUGACGAACUGUUGAAGAACUACAUGGAUGCUCAAUAUUACGGUGAAAUCUCGAUUGGAAGUCCUUCUCAAAACUUUACAGUAAUCUUUGAUACUGGAAGCUCGAAUUUGUGGAUUCCGUCCAAGAAGUGUCCUUUCUACGAUGUGGCUUGUAGUAAGUUUGGCAUUGUCUGUUUAAAAAAUCAAUAUUUUAAAAAAUUUUUCGAAAAUUUUUAAAAAAUUUUGUUUUUUUUUAAAUUCAAAAAAUUAAUUUGAAAUUUUAACAAACUUUCAAUAAAAUUAUUUUUUAAUUAUUUUAUACUUAAAACAAUAUCAAUCCCCACCAUUUUCAGUGCUCCACCACCGCUACGACUCAGGCUCUUCAAGCUCCUACAAGGAAGAUGGUCGCAAAAUGCAGAUUCAAUAUGGAACAGGCUCUAUGAAAGGCUUCAUUUCAAAGGAUCAAGUCUGUGUAGCUGGAAUUUGUGCUGAAGAACAAGGAUUUGCUGAAGCUACUAGUGAACCUGGUCUUACCUUUAUCGCUGCCAAGUUUGAUGGUAUCUUGGGAAUGGCAUACCCAAGUAUCGCUGUUUUGGGAGUUUCUCCAGUUUUCAAUACUUUAAUCGACCAGAAGAAGGUGCCUUACCCUGUUUUCUCGUUCUGGCUUGACAGGUAAGGAAUUAUUUGUGGUAAAAUACGCCAUGACGCAACUUCUUUAUUUUUUACAUUUUAAAAGUUUUUAUAAAUUAUACGUUUAAAGACUCUUUUUUGAAAUUUUUAAAUUUUGAAUUUUUUUAAAUUUUUAAAAUUUAAAAUUUUCCAGAAACCCACAAGACGAAGUUGGUGGAGAAAUCACCUUUGGCGGUACAGACUCUCGUCGUUAUUCUGGAGACAUUAACUAUGUUGAAGUAACUCGCAAGGCCUAUUGGCAAUUCAAGAUGGACAAGGUUAUUGACAGCAACAACGGUCCUAUUGCUUGUGAAAACGGCUGUCAGGUAAGUUUUUUGGCUGUGUAAAAUACGCCGUUUGAACAUAGUGUUUGCAAAUCAAAAUAUUGUAAACGUUUAAAUCUUAAAAUUUUUAAAAAGUUUUAAAAAGGCUAGUUUAGAGACUUAAAACUUCAUUUUAAGGCCAUUGCUGACACCGGAACCUCCCUAAUCGCCGGCCCUAAAGCUCAAAUCGAAAACAUUCAAAAGUUUAUUGGUGCUGAACCACUAGCCAAAGGAGAGUACAUGGUACACUGUGAACAAGUACCAAACCUCCCACCAGUACAAUUGGUCAUUGGAGGACAAACCUAUACAUUGAAGGGUGAAGAUUACAUCCUCAAGGUAUCAAGUAUGGGCAAGUCUAUUUGUAUCUCCGGAUUCAUGGGUAUCGACCUUCCACCAUCUGCUGGUGACCUCUGGAUUCUUGGUGACGUGUUCAUUGGAAGAUAUUACACUGUAUUUGACUUUGGUCAGAACAGGGUUGGCUUUGCUCAAGCUACUAACACUCAAGGAAAGCCUUUGGUGCCGGCUCCAAAGAAGUACGUUGAGAAUGAGGAUGAAUCUAGCGAGGAGUUCUUCUAG